UUCCUCUACCAGUUAGAAAUCAUUUGUGGACCCUUUGGAAUAAUUGUGAAGAUUUUUAUUUUCUUCUGCGCUUUCAUUACAUAUAGUUGUGCUAUACGAAAAUUCAUAAAACAUUACACUAUUUUAUAUAGAAAUGGCAACGACAUUAUUGCGAACGGGUUUACGGUACGUGAUUUCGAAUGGAGUUCUCGAAAAAAGAAUAAUUUCAGUUUUGUGCAAUGGUGGAGUUUAUGAGAAGGAAAACAUCGAGUUUCCACAACGAAAGCUGAAGUGCCGUGAUAUUACACGACGAAUGCAUAGUAAGAGCCGUACACACUAUACGGGAGUCUCAAUAUCCACAGACGAACGAGACGAACAGGAUAGCGACUCUGACAAUGAACACGAAAGAGGAGUAUCACAUUUCUGGAGACGAAAAAUGCGCACAUUACACAACCAUUUAGACGUUAAUAAAGAUGGACUUAUCAGUUAUGAUGAUUUCAUGCUGCUUGCAGAAAGAUUCUCUGACUUAGGGCAUUUAUCCGAAGAGGCUAAGACUGAAUUCAAAAAAGUACUAAGUGAUAUGUGGAAGGAACAAUGGGGUGAAAUUAGUCCAUAUAAUCUCAUUUGUAUUGAAAAAUACUUGGAAGAAAUGCAUCAUGUUCUUAAUGACUCGUCGUUGAAAAAGAAAUGUCAUCAUUUCUUGCCAUUUUUAUUCAAAGCAGUAGACAAAGAUCAGAGUGGUGAAAUUUCUGUGGAGGAAUUCAAAUUAUUUUUCCAAUGUUUAGGUCUCACACAUGAUCAUGCAGUUGUUUCCUUCAGUCACAUUGAUUCUAAUGACGAUGGUAAAAUUAGUUUCGACGAAUUUGUAUCACUGGGCCGUGAUUUUUUCAUAGACGAAGAUCCAAAGAGGCCCAGUAAACAUUUCUGGGGACCGUUAAUAGUCUGAAUAUGUUAUUAUUUUACCCUGUAACUUGUGAUAUUAAGAUACCGCCUGUUAAUUAUUUUUAUAAUGACAUAUGAAUUAUUAAUAUGAUUUAUUACACUUUUAGUAGAAUAAGUUUUUUUCUAUAAAAAUAAUUUGAAAUAGAUCAAGCAUACAUGUAUUUGAAAGAUCUUAUGUUCUGGACAACAAAAUUUGUUUAAUGAACAUGUUCUUUAGAUAUGGUAAUGGUUAAAAAUUUCUAUAACACAUUUAUAUUAAAAAGUACAACCAUUUAAUAAAAAGUAUGAAUACUCACUUUUACAAAUGUAAGUAAUUAUAAGAAAAUAAAUAGACUGACAAUUAAA